AUCCAAGGCGCUUAAACCCAACUCAAGUUUUCACGACGAUAAUGAACCUCACCCACCCUUUACCUUUACGCGUUACCUUAACUCUUUUUAUAGAUUGACAAGGUGAGGUCACUUCAAGCACCAAGAAUCAACAAAACUCUGUUGUUCUUCCAUCUCCCACCAAUUCACACACAAUUGCUUAGCUUAGCUUAGCUUAGCUUAGCUUAGCUUAGCUUAGCUUUUGCUUAUUCAAUGGCUUCCGACUCAGAUGUCACCAUCCCCUCGAAGAUCAAGGCUUGGGUCUAUGCCGAACGUGGGAACCCCGCCGAUGUCUUGAAGCUGGUUCCAGACGUUGGGGUUCCUGAGAUUAAGGAAGACCAGGUCCUUGUUAAGGUUGUUGCCGCUUCCCUAAAUCCCGUUGAUUUCAAGAGAGCUCUCGGCUUCUUUAAGGACAUCGACUCUCCGCCGCCUAUUGUGCCCGGCUACGACGUGGCCGGUGUGGUGGUGAAAGUCGGGGAUCAAGUGAAGAAGUUCAAAGUUGGGGAUGAAGUGUACGGAGACAUCAACGAGAAAGCUUUGGACCAUCCAAAGCAACAUGGCACUCUGGCUGAGUACACUGCUGUGGAAGAGAGGCUGCUGGCUCUCAAGCCCAAGAACUUGAGCUUCAUUGAAGCCGCUUCGCUUCCCUUGGCCAUUGAAACUGCUUAUGAAGGCCUCGAGAGGGCUCGCUUUUCGCCUGGCAAAUCCAUCCUCGUUUUGGGUGGCGCCGGCGGUGUCGGUACCCUCGUGAUUCAGCUAGCCAAGGAAGUCUUUGGUGCAUCAAGAGUGGCAGCUACAUCUAGCACCGGAAAGCUGGAGUUGUUGAAGAGUUUGGGAGCUGAUUUGGCCAUUGAUUACACCAAAGAGAACUUUGAAGACCUCCCGGAGAAAUUCGACGUGGUCUAUGAUGCAGUUGGUCAAAGUGAGAGGGCGGUAAGGGCAGUGAAGGAAGGAGGAAGCGUGGUGACAAUAGCAGGGGCGGCAACUCCACCUGCUGUCCUCUUCAUUUUGACAUCCAAUGGCUCAGUCUUGGAGAAACUCAAUCCCUUCCUGGAGAGCCAGAAAAUAAAGCCAGUGAUUGACCCCAAAGGCACAUUCCCAUUUUCUCAGGCUCCCGAAGCGUUCUCGUAUCUCCAGACCGGUCGAGUCACCGGAAAGGUCGUUAUCCACCCGAUCGCAUGAAAUUAGGGAGAGGGAGAGAGAGGGAGAGAGGGAGAGAGAAAGAGAGAUUCUAGCGUUCUCUCUAGAUAUUGAACUAGGCGCACAUCCACACAUAUCUAUAUAUUGUGCCUAGUUGUAAAUAGCAUAUGUACAAGAUCAAAAAUGACUCUUUAUCUUUUCAAUAAAACUUUAUGUAUAUAAGAAAUUUUCAUUUCA